ACAUUAUAAACCAGAAGAAUUAUUAAAUCAAAAAGCUACUUUUGUAUGUAACUUAAAACCAUCCAAAUUAAGAGGAGUUGCAUCAGAAGCUAUGAUUCUUGCUGCUACUUCACUUGAUGGUACUAAAGUUAAAUUCUGUCAUCCAAGUGCUGAUGCUGCUAUUGGAGCACAAGUUAUUCCAAAAGAAGGUAAAGUUACUAUUUCUGCUAAGAAGAUUUCAAUUGAUGUUGUUGGAAAGAUGAAUCUUUCAUUGAAAGGAGGAUUAGUUAGAACGAAUGAUGUUCCACUUAUUGUUAAAGAUACUGAACUUACCGUAACUGUUGAUGAAGUUGUUGAUGGAACUGUUAGAUAAGUUUUAAAUGAACGGUUUUUCUUU